AUGCCAGACAAAGACGCCACAACCCCUCGAGUCUUCCUCAUCCGCCACGGCGAAACAGAAUGGUCCAAAUCCGGCCAAUACACCGGCAGCACCGACAUCCCCCUCACACCCCACGGCGAACAACAAGUCAUCGCCACAGGCAAAAUGGUAUACGGACCAGGACGAUUGAUCGAUCCGAAGAAAGUCGCCAAAGUGCUGGUUUCGCCCAGGUCGAGGGCGGUGCGGACGUUUGAGCUGUUGACGGGGAGGAGCGAUGGGUAUGAGAUCGAGGAGGGGUUGAGGGAGUGGGAGUAUGGGCAGUACGAGGGAAUGAAGACGAACGAGAUCCGUGAACUACGAAAAUCUCACGGCUUGGACCAGGAUCGUCCGUGGGACAUCUGGCGCGAUGGCUGCGAAGGUGGGGAAUCCCCAACCGAACUAACCACCCGAAUCGACGCCCUCAUCACCCAGAUCCGCACUCUGCAAGCACCCCACAUGCACGACGACGCUCCCAAAGACGUCCUCGUCGUCGCUCACGGGCACUUGACGAGGGCGUUUGCGAAGCGCUGGUUGGGUUAUGAGAUGGCGUUUCCGUUGAGUUUGAUGAUGGAGCCGGGUGGGGUGGGCGUGUUGAGUUAUCAGCAUCAUAGUGUGGAGGAGCCGGCGCUGCUGUUGGGGAUUGGGUUUCCUUUGUGA